GUGGCGCGCUAGCUACUGUCUGGCUCGACGCGUCGCGCAACCGCGCCCAAGGGUCGUCCGACGACGAGCGCCACGUGCCGCACAACGCCUCUCUUCCCACCAGCUCUUUCGCCAGCCAGCUCGACCGACCCCGCUCAGCCUUCGCCCACAGCGACCGCGACUCGAUUCGACACAUUCCGCAUUGUAGCGAGCAGACUGAAGUGGCUGAAGAGGGCUGCCCAUUGAGGGCAACGGCUCGCCAUGUCCGACUUUCCACCGCUCCCUAUCGCCCCCCAAGACGACGGCUCGGGCAUCGUCCCAGCCCCCGUUGAAGAUGCGCCAGAACCCGUGCCUAUCACGGACCAGGAAGUGGGCGAGUAUCGCGAGCAGGACCGCUUUCUUCCGAUCGCGAACGUCGCGCGCAUCAUGAAGGCGGCCGUGCCCGGCACAGCGAAGAUAUCCAAGGAGGCGAAGGAAUGCGUGCAAGAGUGCGUCUCCGAGUUCAUCAGCUUCAUCACGUCGGAGGCGGCAGAGAAGUGCCAGAUGGAGAAACGCAAGACGAUCGGUGGGGAGGACAUUCUCUAUGCCAUGGUCACCCUUGGCUUCGAGAACUACGCGGAGACACUGAAGAUUCAUCUCGCAAAGCUGCGUCAGCACCAAACUGGGCUUGGCAGCGAGAAAAUUAGGGCAGGAGAGCCCUCAGACCCGGCAACGGACGAUGGAUGAAAAGAGAAGAAUACAAAGAUGAUUUAUGCUGUUGGACUGCUGUUUGUAUAACAACUAACGUGUAUGGUAUGUUUCGUGCUCCUAAUCACUUAUGGUGCCGCAGGCCGGCUCGGAGAGACCAAUGGGCAGCCUUGGGGCAGCCUCAGACUUUCAGACUGACAGAGCUACCAAGCAAUAUCACCACCGAAGUGGCAG